AUGAGCUCCCCGAGACGACGAAUCGAAACAGAUGUCAUGAAGCUGUACUGUACGCCCCAAGUUCCAUACACCAACCGUACAAAACCCGAUAACUCAUAUUCCGAUUAUCUCCGUAGGCAAGAGUUCUUCGUCCGAUUUAAUGGACCUAAAGACACUCCCUUCGAAGGCGGAAUAUGGAAAGUCCACGUCGAAUUACCGGAUCAGUACCCGUACAAAUCACCAUCGAUCGGUUUUGUUAACAAGAUAUUUCACCCAAAUAUCGAUGAACUCAGUGGCUCCGUAUGCCUCGAUGUUAUCAAUCAAACCUGGUCGCCCAUGUUUGAUAUGAUCAACAUCUUCGAAGUCUUUCUGCCCCAGUUGCUAGGCUACCCGAAUGCCAAUGACCCGCUCAAUGGUGAAGCCGCCGCCCUAAUUAUGAGAAGCAAGGAAGCCUACGCUAGUAGGGUUAAGGAAUAUGUAGGGAAAUAUGCAACAAAAGAGGCAAUGGAGGCAACGGGUGAGGACAGCGAGAGUGAUGACGAAAUGAGUUCCGUGGGUUCCUACGACUCAGCUGAUGAGGAUCCUGCAGGGACGAUGGAAGUAUAG